UGAUAUUUAACUUCUACACGGUCAAGCUUCUAAUGCUUCAGGCACAAUAGAUCCACCACCAUUAACAACUCCAGCAACAGCCUCAGAUGUUAAGCCAACAACAACGCUAGCGCCGACGACGACGGCAAAACCACCACCACCAACCAGUACUGCAGCGCCUCCUCCCUCAUCCACUACAUUAUCCACACUUAACCCUAGUACUUCUAGUAUAAUACCAUCCUCUUCAAUUAUCCAGUCGACGACUCCCAUUGCUCCUAGUAUAACUUCUUCAUCAUCUUCUGUUGAGCCAACGACUACGUCGGAAACGACUUCCACUUCGAGCACAACCAGGUCAGUUUCUUCAACUACCUCCACCACUCCCAGUAUUUCUCCCACCAUGAAACCAUCGACUAGCAAUGACAAAAACAAUACACCAAUAAUCGUUGGCUGUGUUGUAGGAGGCGUAGUUGGUAUUGCAUUGAUUGUCGGUGUCCUUGCUUGUAUAAACCGUAGAGGCGGAUGUACAAAGCGAAGAGAUACGAAGACUGAUUUUGAGGAUUACGGUUUAGGUGAUUUCCCUCAUCAUCGUCCUCCUGUAUCAAAUGGUGCAGCAGCAGCUGUUGACGCGGGAGCUGGCAUAGGUUCUGCUUCUAGUAUGGCAAAUACCAAGCAUGUUUCACCGACUAUUCCAAGAUUAAAUGACCAAGGCAACUAUUAUCCCGAUGAUGGAGGCUAUGCUAUUGGAACAGGAAGAGGACCACACUAUAAUAGUGGCUAUAUGGACGCUGACUAUGGUAUAGCGCCAGCACAACAGCAGUAUCAAGGGGGAUAUUACUACCCAACCCAGCAGCAACAAGAAUAUUAUGGUGAUGGAGGGUACUAUUAUGACAAUAAUACAUCAACGGCUUACUCUUCUGUUCCACCUAUGCAACAACAUAGUCCUGCAAUGCAUAAUGUGAUGCCUCACCAGCAACAAGGUUAUGCAAUGACUUCACCUCUUUAUCACCAACAGCCACAAGAUAUUCAUAAACCAGAUGAAAUUGGUUCAGCGAUUCCCAUCGUUAGUAAUGAAGAAGGCGUAUCACGUAUUAGAUAAAAAGCUACGAUAUGUAAGUGAUGAGGAAUUAUUUAUAUUAUCCCUUCCUAGACUUAUUAUACGCACGUAUCGGUGUAUUUUAUAGUUUAUAAUACACCUCUCUUUUAUUUUACACUAAUAUUAAUAUGCUAAUAAUUCUUGUGAACGAAUCGUUACAAAUAAGUACAAAUUCAUUAAAGUCGUUCUCUUGUUUUUGAGUUUUAUUGAUUGCAUAAGAUUGUGAUGAGAUUAGGACGAAAAAAGCAAGGGCAUUAAAGAUACAUACAUAUA